UGGGGCAGCGCCCGCGCCCCUCCCCACACGGUCCGGCCAGCAGACCUCCAAGCGGGGGCCGCCUGGGCAGAAUGUCACGAUGGAAGAGGGGGGCACGCCCCUGCUCCCCGACUGCCUCAUCUACCAGAUCUUCCUGAGCUUGGGCCCCGCUGAUGUGCUGGCCGCCGGGCAGGUGUGCCGCCAAUGGCAUGCUGUAUCCCUGGACGAGUUCCUCUGGAGGGAGCAGUUCUACCGCUACUAUCAGGUCGCCCGAGAUGUGCCCCGACACCCAGCGGCCACAUCCUGGUAUGAAGAAUUCCGGCGGCUCUAUGACAUGGUGCCCUGUGUGGAGGUGCAGACACUGAGGGAGCAUUCUGACCAGGUCCUGCACCUUAGCUUCUCCCACUCAGGAUACCAGUUUGCUUCCUGCUCCAAGGACUGCACCGUGAAGUUACCCAGUGCUGCCCCUGCUGUGCAGAUCUGGAACAACGACCUGACCAUCUCCUUGCUGCACAGCGCAGACAUGCGGCCCUACAACUGGAGCUACACCCAGUUCUCCCAGUUCAACCAGGAUGACUCGCUGUUGCUGGCUUCUGGGGUGUUCCUAGGGCCACAUAACUCCUCAUCGGGUGAGAUUGCUGUCAUCAGCCUAGACUCCUUCGUGCUGCUGUCCCGAGUGCGCAACAAACCCUACGACGUGUUUGGCUGCUGGCUCACAGAGACCAGCCUCAUCUCUGGCAACCUGCACCGCAUUGGGGACAUCACCUCCUGCUCAGUGCUGUGGCUCAACCAUGCCUUCCAGGAUGUGGAGUCAGAGAAUGUCAACGUGGUGAAGCGGCUCUUCAAAAUCCAGAACCUCAAUGCCAGCACCAUCCGCACAGUGAUGGUGGCUGACUGCAGCAGAUUUGACAGCCCAGACCUCCUACUGGAUGCUGGGGACACAGCCACAGCCCCCUGCCGUGUCUUUGAUCUGGGUAGCAGCAGUGACAGUGAAGAUGAAGUGGCUGGCCCAGCCCCUGCCCAUGCCAAGGAGGGCUUUCGGCGCUUCCUGGACCGUGUGUUAGAUGGGCGGACUCAGCCACCACUAUCAGAGCGUGUACUCGAGACGAGAGUGGCUAAGCUGCUGGCCCAGGGUCACACCAAGCCCCCUGAGCGCAGCACCGCCAGCACCAGGAACAAGUACCUCAUCUUCACCACGGGCUGCCUCACCUACUCACCACAUCAGAUCGGCAUCAAGCAGAUCUUGCCACACCAGAUGACUACGGCAGGGCCUGUGCUGGGAGAGGGUCGGGGCUCUGACGCCUUCUUUGAUGCACUGGACCAUGUCAUCGAUGUGCAUGGCCACAUCAUUGGCAUGGGCUUGUCGCCUGACAACAGGUACUUGUAUGUCAACAGCCGUGCCUGGCCCAGUGGUGCGGUGGUGGCUGACCCCAUGCAGCCACCGCCCAUCGCAGAGGAGAUUGAUCUCCUGGUGUUUGACCUCAAGACCAUGCGGGAGGUGAGGCGGGCCCUGCGUGCACACCGCGCCUACACACCCAAUGACGAGUGCUUCUUCAUCUUCCUUGAUGUCAGCAGGGACUUUGUGGCCAGUGGGGCUGAGGACCGGCAUGGCUACAUCUGGGACCGCCACUACAACAUCUGCCUGGCCAAGCUGCAGCAUGAGGAUGUGGUCAACUCGGUUGCCUUCAGUCCCCAAGAGCAGGAGCUCCUGCUGACGGCCAGCGAUGAUGCUACCAUCAAAGCCUGGCGCUCCCCUCGCACUGUGCGCACUCUCCAAGCCCCACGCCCACAUCCCCGCCCUUUCUUCUCCUGGUUUGCCAACCAGAGGCGCUGAGGGUCACUGGGUGUAUUGGAGCCACUGGGGUCCCACUGAGGACAGGAUCAAGGCCUGUGGUUGUCCCAUGUGGGGAGCAGAGAAGCUCAGCUCACAAGAGUAUAACGCCUUAGAAAGGGGACAGCUGGACCCCAACACGUUCUUGCACGUAAACCUACUCACGCAGCCAUGACACUCAGUACCAGGGUGGCUGGUGUGGGCAGUGCCAAAGACCUGCCAUUUGCUCCUGGCCAGCUUGGAGUAUACCGGACACUGGAGAACCCCCCUUCUCAUAUACACCUCCAGGCUAGAGGUUGGGUCACAAAGCCUUGAGCUGGCCACUGCCUAGGGCACUUGGGACAAUCAGCACAGCACCCUCAACUGGGUGUGGACAGCAGAGGACCUGGGUUUAUACCCCCAUGGUCUUUGGGACAUGCUGGUCAGUCUGCUGUGGGCCUGAGUGUGCUGCAUGUCCAUUUACCACCUGUUCAGGGUCCUGAAUAAACAGUUGGCAACAGCA